AUGCCACGCACACCUGCCGUCGAGAAGAGGGAGAGAUUGACGCUCUCUCAGCUCGCAACAUAUGAUGAUAUCUUGACAGAUACCCUUGUGGACCAUGCUUUCUUUUGGACCACCAUUCGCAAAAACAGGACCAAAUACUUCCCUGUCAGGGGCAUCAACGAGGACACUAUUACGUCUAUUCUCCUUCACGAUGUAAUCGUCGCCAAAGACGUGCCGAAGGCAGAGAAGCAGCUUCUAGCGCUUCCUGGACUUAAGAAAUUCACCGAUAGGCUUCAUUCUGACCGGGAAAGGGAAUGGUUUCGUCGACAUCUUCGCAAAUACAUAUCAAUAUAUCUCCCUGAUUGCCCAUUUGAGGUUACAACUACAAAUAGAUAUACGGUUUUGACCCAUGAGGCGGCUGUCUCUGCUAGGAAAUUCAUACCGUCCGGUCAUCCGGUGAAAUAUCUCAGCGGGACACUAGUUUCAAUUACCAAGGAGGAAGAAAAUGACCUUGACCUUACCAAACGGGAUUUCAGCAUUGUUAUGUCGACCAGGAAAAAGACAGCGUCCCUGUUUUUGGGGCCUGCAAGAUUUGCGAACCACGACUGUAAUGCCAAUGCGAAACUAGUCACGAGGGGUUUCGAGAGCAUGGAAGUGGUCGCCACCCAGGAUAUUGACAUUGGAGAUGAAAUAACAGUCUCAUAUGGCGACAACUACUUUGGUGAGGAUAACUGCGAAUGCCUUUGCCAUAGCUGCGAAAUAGCACAGCGUAACGGCUGGUCGUCCCCAACCGCCUCACGUGUCAACAGCUGGGUGCACAGCUCAUCUGAAUUUGCUGAUGCGUCAGAGAACCCACCCAGCUCUUCGAAUGGAUGCGAAAAGCACGAGCUGGAAACGGAUUCCGAAUCCUCCGAUGGUUUUCUAGGAAAGAGAAGGAAAGUUGAGCGGAAAUCUUCGAAUUUGCGGCUUCAGGAAUCUGUAGAUGAUACAGUGGGUGUCGAUGCAAAGCCAAACCAGGGAUCACCUUCACCAGUGACGAAUACGUGCUCGCCACUCGCCGGAAACGCGGAAGAAUCCAACGAUUCCACUCUGCCCGGAGGUAAUAGCACGAAGAAUAAAUGCAGUACAGCCGAUAUUCCACUUUGCGAUGAAGAAGUAUCAACGGCUUGUCGGGCGUCAAGAGAUACUUCUAUCGAAAAUAGUAGUGGUCAAUCGUCUGGAUCGACUGCCGCAACAUCUUGUCCUGGAUCUGGCGACCAGGCGCCACUUGCACCGGAGACCGAGGAUUCAACUACAAAUGAACCAGGAAAGACUGAAAAGAUACCCGAACUACAACUUAAACCUCCAUUUCCUCAAAUAAUUCUUGGAGAUUCCGAAACAGAUCUAUCGGAUCUAUCCACGGUAUCCGAACCAGUUGAAUCAGAAGCUACAAAUGAUGCCCCUAGACCUAAACGGAAAUACAAAAAACGCGGCCUUCCAUUACCGGUCGUUGAGGAACCUCCAAUAUUUAAGGAGAAGCUUAUUUUACAAGAAAAGAAUGUCCACGUUGUGAACGGCAUUCUAAAUUAUAUGGAUAUCGAUGGCCCAAAACUGAUAAGGAGGGUAGGCGUGACAAAGAAGAACGGGUAA